AUGUCCUCCCCCACCCCCAAACCCAAAAAAUUCACCCUCCACUUCCUCCAAGCCUCCCGCAGCAUCCGAACCGCCUGGCACCUCGAAAUUCUCCAGAUUCCAUAUGAAGUGAAAUUUUCUCCUCGGACGGGAAAUAAUGGUCCUGCACCGUUGGAAUUUAAAGCAGCGGCGGGAGGGUUGGGGAAGUUUCCGACAUAUCUCUCCGACACCUUCGACCCCCAAAACACCCUCCAUCUCCUCCCUCCCCCCGGCUCACCACUCCGCUACAAAACUCUCCAAUGGAUCCACGCCUCCGAAGCCACUUUUUUGCUGCAUGCUCUCGCAUGUUUAUACGUCCAAUGGCAUCAACACGAUGGAGAUGUCCAAAAGACUCUACAAGGACUCAGUGGGAAUGUGGUGAAAGAUUUGGAUUAUUUAGAGGGAACAUUUCGUGAACAAGAAGAAGAAGGAGGGGGAUUUAUUAUGGGAGGAAAAAAUAUCACCGCAGCGGAUAUUAUGAUGCAAUUUUCUGUGAGAUUUAUUUUGACGAGGGAAUUGGGGACACAAGGGGUGGAGAGGGGAAGAUGGGAGAGGGUGGAGAGGUGGUUGGAAUUGUGUGAGGGGACGGAGUCGUAUCAGAGGGCGGUGGAGAGGACGGGAUUUCGAUUGUAGAGUUUGGGGGGACUUUUUCGUGGAUGUGUAGUGUCUUCUCAGUAU